AUGGCAAUGCACAACAAUGGCAUGCAAGCUGGACGUCUAGCAGAUUUUUCAUCAGAUUCAGAAAGUGAUUCAGAUUCUGAUAAUUCAACUAGUAGUAGUAACUUUUUUAAUCAUCCAAAUAUUAAUAAUAUUAAUAAUAGUAAUAAUAAUAAUAAUAGUAAUAAUAUUAAUAUUCAUCAUUCAACUUCAAAUAACAAUAAUGGUAAUGGUACAACUACCACUUUAUUAUCAACAAGUGCAAGUAAUUCAUCACUAAAUAGUAUGAUGUUAUCAUCACAUCUUCAUAAUACUCUCAAGAGAUCAUCUAUAUCACCACGAUCAAGUUUGACAAUUACAACUAAUGGUAUUAAUGGUAUGAAUGGUCUUGGUGGCAGUGGUUCAACAUUGAGUGAAUUAUUUGCCAAUAGCAAGUUGAUGGAUGGGCAAACAACACCAACCAAUCAAUCUUCAUCUUCACUUGUCGGAUCCCCUCUAAAUAGAACUAGAAAAGGAAGUGGUAGUAAUCUUUAUGAAAAUGGUGGAGGUAGUCUAAAUAAUAGUAGUAAUGGAGUUGGUACUCCACCAACUAAUCUUUCAGAUAGCAACAGCAAAGUACCUGCACUCAGUAGAUCAUCAUCAUCUUUUCUCAAUAUGCUUACAUUGCGUAGAAAAUCAUUAUCAGUAUCUGGUAGUUCUCCUCUUGUUCCUUCAACUCCACUUUCACAAUCGACAUCAUCUACACCACCACCUCAAACACCCAAUUACAAGUCAUUCCAAUCUAUAUUUGAAGCAUUGUUGGAUGAUUUGGAUUAUUCUAAAAAGAGAAGAGAGGAAUUGGUCAAUUUAGUAACUGAAGAUAAAUGGUCAUUCCUUCAAAGAUUAAAACCAGAUUGUGUCAAUUCACUACUUUCAAAUGGAAUCUUGAAUCAAACUCAACCAACCACAACUGAAUUAAAAUCCCUUUUAUCCUCUCCUCCAAAAAUUACAACUUCUCAAACUCAAUCACCAAAAUCUUUACCUCCUCCUUCUUUAACAAGAAUACCAAAAAGUCCAAGAGGAUAUUCAAAAGUAUUAUCAAAUCAUUCACUUUUUAGUUAUGAAGAUAUAUGUAGAUUAAGACAACAAUUGAUUGAUAAACCUGUUACAUGGGUUGUCAAUUUUGCAGAAAGUUCUGGUAUAGUUGCCAUUUUAUCAAUGAUAUCAUCCUUUUCUUUAAGAGAACCAAAAGUUGAAGAAGAUUAUCUUGUCAUUAAUGAAUGUUUAUCUUGUUUAAAAUUAUUAAUUGAACUUGAAAUGCAAUCAAUAUUAUUAUGUGAUAUGACUGAUAUUAUAUUCCCACAUGUAACAUCUAGUUCAUUAUCAGUAAAGAAAUUAACUUUGGAAGUUUUGGAUGUAUUGUGUAGAACAUUUACAAUUGGUUCAACGAUUGUUUUGGAAUCGAUAAAGACCUAUUCCAAAAAACAUCAGGUGCCGUUGCAAACUCCACUUGGAUUCAUUCACUCUCCAUUGGAUGGGGAAUACACAUUGGACGUAAAGGUGAAUUGCAUGUCUUUGAUUAACCAGUUGAUAAAGGGUUGUAAGGAACUUUCAACUCGUGUAGAUAUUAGAAAUGAAAUUUUGUCAAUUGGUAUUCAAAAGUCGAUCAAGAAUCUUCGUAUCGAUGGUGAUGGUAUUGAAACGUCGAGUUGGAAAUCAUUAGAACGCGAGAUGCAAGCAUUUGAGCGUAUGAUGGUGGAAGAUGAUAAUUACAUUGUACCGAGCUUGUCGCCACGAUUGGACGGUACUGGCGGCGGAGGAUCAGAUAUUGGGUUCUCUCUGCCAAGCAGUCCCAACUUUACCGGUGCCGAUCCAUUUGACCCCAUCUUUGACAGUAGAUUAGUUGUCAAGAUUGCCUGUAAUCCAUCUACCUUUAAUAGUAACAAUGAGUCGGGUACACCGACCAUGGUAACAGGUGGCCAACUAGACCAGUCAACAACAUCUGUCAAUUCUGACGACAAUCCUUUGGCUUCUUCAUCUGCUACUGCCACUACUGCCAACAAUAACAAUAACAAUGUAACAAUGAGAGAAGUACUUGUACCAAUCUCCAAGAAAUCACAGGCUGGUGAUGUCAUCCGUGCCAUCAUCUCGUCCAAUUCGAAUCUGCGUGAGUUUGGAGAAUGGGGAUUGUAUGUAUGUGACGGAGACAGCAAGACACAGUCGCUGGACGGUCGCUUCUUGCGUGAUGACGAGUAUAUCCUCGAGCAAAAUGCCUCCCAACCCAAUGGCAGCAACGCACCUCUUCGCUCGUUGAUCUUGUUCAAGCAGUACACGUUAAAGAUGGUGCCGUGGAAGGUUAGAAUGUCACUUGAAAAGGUCAAAGACAUGGACAGCGCCAUCAGCACCAAAUCCAACCACUUUAUUGAGGAGCCAAUGGAUCCAACCACCACGUGCGCCGGACUGGUCCACCAUAUCGUCAAAAAGCAUCUGCCAGCGAUCGGUCGUUACUGUCUAGAGUCGGAUGACUUUGGGUUGUACCUCGACUCGGCUGGUUUUGGCACGGGCGGGUACUGGCUCGAGCCACUUGAAAAGUUGCACGACUAUGAGAUCUUUAAGGAUCCAAAGUCGACUGUCCAACUCAAGCUACGUCAAAAGAUGGUGAAACUCAAGUUUGCCGAUGGAACCUACGAGCAGCUUCGUCUUGAUCUCACGUCACCAACAGAGAAGAUCUUUGCAGAAAUCUCGGAAAAGGUUAUGGACCCAUCCAACAUGCACAAUCUCCACUACUAUGGUAUCUUUAUCGACCGUCAAGACACACUCAAUCAAGACCAUCUUGUCAGCGGCACGAUGAAUACAAGCAGCAGUGGUGGAAGAUUCAACAAAAAGCCAACAGUCGAGUGGAUAGAGUCGGGUGUACCAUUGUAUCAUUACCGUAUCAACAGUCGUGUGUGUCUCAGAUAUGCAGUUAGACCAUCAACCAUUACCUUGCAUAUCGAUUGUUCACUAUUCCAACAACAAAAAGAACAACGACAAAUCAAGGAAGAAGAUGAGUUGAAUGCAAGUGGAAAUGGACAUGGCAUGCCAACCACCACUAUUAUGGAUGUUGACGAUGCAGAUGAUGAAGGAGACUCUACAUCUGAUAGUGAAGAUUCGAUUGAAAGAACACCCAUUUGUGAAAAUUUAGAAGAUAAAUUGAAAUCAGUUGCUACAAUCAGUAGUGUACAAGACAAUGGAUUAGUAAUGUCUCAUCAAGAUUCACCAUUAUUAGUUUCUACAUCGGCAGAUGUAGUUAGUUUAAUGGCUAUCCCAGCACCAGUCAAGCCAAAACAAGUCGUUGUACAGAUACCAUUACAUCUUCCUCUCAACGAGUCAUUGGAAACUGAGGAUAAUUGGUUGGACUGUUUUAUCGACCAAAGCAAAUGUCGUUUCCACAUUGAUACGUUUGAUGGACCAACUGUCAACCGUCAACAACCUCUUAAUAGUCAAAACUUUACGAGCAAGAAUAGUCUCUACAUUGUACUGGCUGACGAGGUCGAGUUGCAAAACUCAGAGUUCCAGAAUCAUGUAAUGACCAAUAUUUGGGAGGAACCAAAUGACCGUAGCACCAUCAUUUAUGAUGAGUCACCUUCGCACCAUGCACCGGCUUCGUCACGUGACACAUCCAUCUCGACGACGACCACAACUGCCACUAUCGCAUCUACUAUCCCACCAACUGCACAAAGUCAGAUUAUACGUGCUGCUACACUUAACAAGCUCGUCGAGUUGUCAACCAACAACAUUGAUGUGGAUCGUGAAUCAAUGAACAUUUUAUUAAUGACAUACCAAUCAUUUACAACUUCGGACGGACUUUUGGACAAGUUGAUCGAGAGAUACACGGUUCCAGAGGGUGAAGAAAAGCAGAAAAAGGUGAUUCAAUUGCAUGUGAUUGUGUUUGUCAAGAAUUGGCUAGAGCAGCAGUCUCCACAGGCAGCAUCAGGUGGUGGUUUGGAAGAACGUUUCCUCGAACGUAUCAACAGCUUUAUCGACCGUCUCAAUGCAGAUGGAUACAGCAAUAUGGUACCCAACCUAAAGAAGUUGUAUGACUCUGCCAUCAAGGGCAAGCGUGCUUAUGCAAUGCCCGAGGUUCACCGUGCCGCUUUAGCGACCAAGAUCCCGUCACUAGCCAACUCUUUCCUCGACGACGAACUGUUUAUCGCACAACAACUAACCGUUCGCGAGUAUGAGACAUUCAAGCGUAUCCAGAUUGUCGAGUUUUUGAACCAAGCUUGGAACAAACCAAAAUUGCAGUACAAGGCUCCAAACUUGCUCAAAAUGAUUGACCGUUUCAACAAGGUGUCAAUGGCUGUAUCAACUGCCAUCCUCCACCAGAACAAACUCAAACCACGUAUCAAGCUCAUUUGCCGUUUCAUCAAGAUUGCCCAACAUUUGCGCGAACUCAACAACUUCCAUCUACUGACCGCCUUUUUGGCUGGUAUUCGUAACAGCUCGGUACUCAGACUACGUGUGUCAUGGGCCAAAGUACCCAAAAAGCACAAGCAGACCCUUGAAGACCUCGAAAAGAUCAUGUCGAUGGAGGGCAGUUUCAAAGCAUUUAGAACGAUCAUCAAGGACAUUGUGCCACCAUGCAUCCCCUAUCUCGGUGUCUAUCUCAAGGAUCUGACCUUUAUCGAAGACGGUAAUGCCGAUAGCAUCGAAGGACUCAUCAACUGGGGUAAAAAGAAACUCAUGCACAAUAUCAUAUCCAUCAUCCAGAAAUGUCAACAAAUCCCAUACGAUUUCCCACUCUGUACACAACAACAACAAAAAUCAGAAAUGGUCCUCGCCACUUUUGAUUCUCUCCCCAUUGCUGAUGAUGAAGUACUUUAUCAAGUAUCUCAACAAUUAGAACCAAAAGCAAUUCAACAAUAA